CACAAAUUAUGAUAGACAAGACAGCAAUUUUAUCUACUAACUGUGCUGUGUGUGAGAGAGUGAAAGAGACACAAGGAGAGAGUUUUUUCUGUAAGAAAAUGCUUUGAAGCUGCAGUAAAAUUCCAGGACUUUCCUGUUAACAAGCUGGGGCUAUAAUGUGAACCAGGAGUGCGUCUGUGUGUGAACAGAUUGUCUAUCCAGUCAGUCUCUCUGCUGGUGAGAGGGGUAGACAUCACGGCAGUCUUCACUGUCCCUUUAGCUUCAAGAUUCCAGAUUUGAUUCACCCCUUUUUUCUGUUUGCAGCAAAAAUCAGACAGACUCUGUAUCGGAUUCAAAGCAUGGGAACUUCACAGCUGGACAUUUUCUCUGUAUUUUAAACCCUCAAGCUACUUUUAGACAUCUGGCCAUUCUUUUCAGUUCGUUUCAGAAACAACACUGCCAAGAACUACCAGCUGUGAGACGAUGUACCAGAGGAGACUGCAUGAGCCGCUGAGAACUUCCAGCAUUUCUGCGAACCAGUUUGUCGGCUCUUCAGGAAGAAUGCUUCAUUUUUACACCUCAAACUAUCUGGUGUUAUUAUUUGCUUUAUGGAGCCUCAGUUGCCCGGGUUUGCUCACUGCGUGGCCAGGUGUCGCUGGAAGCAAGCCAAAGCACGAGUUGGACCCAAAUGUAAGAGACUGGGGGGACUAUUCAGACCUCCCUCCAGGAAUGGAACAUGGACUGGAGCUGGAAGAAGACAGAGAGCAUGAAGACAACAGAGGAGUUGGAGAGACAUCCAGCUUGGUGCCAGAACUGGAUUUCCUGGCGGAUUUUGCAGGUAAAAAGAGGUUGUGGGUCAUAACAGCUCCCUCACACAAUGACCACUAUCUUCGCAUGAUGGAAAAACAACUUGAAGAUGUGGAGCAGAAAGGGCUGAACUGUCGCUUAGCAGAAAGAGACACCUUCAUCAUAACCAUAAUCCAGAACGCCAUGAUGGAAGGUCGCAUUCAGAAAACAACCUUUCAAGGGGAUGCCAUAGUGGAGAACCUGGACCCGGACACCGUUACCAAAUUGCUACACUAUCUGGAGCUUACCGGACAAGAACACACAUUCACCAUGUUGGUCAUAAAGAAGAACCUUCGAGUCAGUGAACGUUUUCCUUAUCCGGUCCGAGUUGAGGCAAUACUGGAGCUCAUUGAUCAGUUUCCAAUAAGGAAGCUGGAGAAGAUGACCAGAAAAGGAUCCAACGUAAGGUGCAAAAUCACAAAAAAGAAGCGUGUCGUGAAAAGAAAAAAGUUGAUGAAGAAGCUGGACCUGAGAUCUCAGAAAGGAGGAAAUGUAACCUCUGUGCUGGUAACACAACGGAAGCCUCUUGUAGACAAAAAAGCUGCCCUCAAGAGUAAGAUCCAGGACAUACUAAAUGGUCGGUCAAGAUUUGUUAUCCGUAAGGAGCCAGCCGGAUCCAAAAAAGGGAAAGGGUUGAGCAGCAAUGACUUGGAAACAUUUAAAGUGCCCAGUCUUCCAUCGGAUCUAAGGAAAAAUGAGGAAGUGGAGAAAAAAAGGGCUCACUCCACAAUGGAAGAAGGAAGAAAAACACAUGGAGGGCAAAAAGAUGAGGAUAAAACAGAGCCAAAUGUAAAGCCUGACACAAAAAACAAGGAGACGGAGAGAAAAAAAGGCAAAGGAAAGAAAGGGAAAAGGGGGAAGGGAAGAGGGAAAAAGUCUAACAGUGAGGACGAGGAGAAAACAGCCCUGAAGAAGUUUUUGGACAGCUUAAGAGGUUCCAGAAGGCUGAUGCUGAUCUCAACACCCAGCAGGGAUGCAACCCUGUACAUUCAGCUGACGGAGAUGAUUGAAAAGCAGCACUGUGAGCUUGCAAUCAGGAAGAUCACAGUGGCAACCAUUGUGGGUGAAGGAAGUGACAUCACAACCUCGCUGCACCACCACCAGCUCGAGUCAGAAUUGUCUCCCAGUGACCAGUCAGAACAGUUCUUGGACUCUGGCAUGAUCCCUCUUUUGAGAGCUGAGUUUGAUCUGUCAUCCUCAGACCUCUUUUCAAUGACCAUCACGGAUUAUGACAUCAAACCCAAUAGAGUCUUUGAGGCCCCUCCAUCAAGCUCAGCUUUCUUCGAGUACAUUGACAACUUUCCUUCCAGGAUCACAGAGAAAGAGAGAGAAGGAAAAAGUCCUCAUAUCUGCUCAAAAGACAUGCAGGACCCUACAGUUCAGAAUUCACUUCUCAGGUUCAUGUCGAAGAGGAGACUUCUGCUGAUCUCUGCUCCCUCUGAGGACGACUAUUCUUUCCAACAGCAGCUCUCUGCUCUCACUGGACAGGAGUGUGAGUUGGGUAUUCGCCAUUUCGCCAUGUUGAAGCUGACUGGAAUUGGAGAGAAAGCUUCUGGCACUGUGAAGCUAUUUCCCUUAAAUGGUCGUAGUCAGAGUGAGGUUGAGCUGUUAUCCCGUGACGUGGUCAACAGUUUGAGAGAACAGCUGAAGAUCAAUAAGGACUUUUUCAGCAUGCUGGUUGUCGGGAAGGACAGCGAUGUCAAGGCAUGGUUCCCGUCACCCAUAUGGUCCUUAGAUAACGUCUAUGACCUGGUGGACUCUAUGGAGCUCCGUAUCCAGGAGGCAAAGCUCCAGAGGAGGCUUGGGAUUCACUGCCCUGAUGACAGAGGAGGAGAAAGCAGCGAAAUAGGACACCACACUGGAUAAAAUGGAGUCAGCAAAUCAGUUAGAAAAAUAACAAGCAAACAAUAAACAGUGUUAUGAAAAGUAACCUUUAAAAGAUCCACAGGAAGCAGUGCCUAACAUCUAGGUUGGUAAAGCCGAUGCUUCUGUUGAAUAUUGUAGAAAAAUGCAGAAUAGAAAAAAGCUGAGCAGUGAAUGACGGAACUGAUUUGAUUAAAUUCCCAUUAAAAGCAUACGUGCACCCUACAUCUGUUCUCUCGAAUAGCGGGUGAUCUGGUAUCAUUGGCCAUAUACAGCUGUGGCAGAAAGACAGAUCUAAUCCUUUCCAAUCCAAUCCAGUCCUAUCAACAAAAAGAAAACCUUUUGAAUCAAACAACGACAAGGUUUCUAUGUUGAAAUAUUGUAUUCCUGGAAGAGAGAGUGUGUUUCAAUCAAACUAUUUCUUUUUUUUCUUUCAAUGUGAUGCAAACAUCUGGCCUUCAAAUAGCCGCAGCCUGUGGGCUUCUCAGGGUAACUGAAACAAGGGGUUAUCACUGCUGGGGCUGCUAUGAAUAGCCAAGUUUGACUUGUUUUAAAAGAUUCUCACAGUAUACUUACAGGUCAUGCUUAUAAAGAUAAGAUCAAUACUUAUGCUCGUAUACUAUCCGACUGCAUGUAAACUGUAAAAAUGAUGUCCACAAGAAAAUCAGUCACAUUUUCCAAAAACGGGUUUCUAACCUUUCCAUAAUCCUUUUCUAAGCCUAACUAAGGUGUUUUCAUUUUGGAUCAUAAUCAAGUUAUGUAAGGAAACCACAAUAUUCUAAAAGAGCAUGUUUACUUGUAAAUACGUUAACCACAGAAAUGGUAUCCAUGAAAGUCGUAGCAGUAUUGGAAAAUAAUGUAUUUUAAUAGAUAACACAAAUAUUUUCCAAAGUCUAACUGUUCAGUUCUGUUGUCCAUUAUCAUUUUAUUUUAAUAUCAUAGAAAAUUCUAAAAUAAAAGUACCACAGC